AUGUCCAAGAACAAGAAGAAUCCCCAGGCCGCCGGUACGAGGCAGGGUUCCCUUCCCCAGAACCAAGCCCAAGGCAAUCACGGAGUUGCGAACAACGUGAUGGGCAACGGACCCAACCACUCUCUCCUCAGCGAUUAUCAUGGGCACAAUCAGGGUCUAGAGAGUGACCAACUCCCGGCCAUCCCCUCUGCCUCUCAAGGCAACAACCCUACCUCUAACCAGCACCUGCCUGCCCCUAGUCAUAAUGGCCACUCCAUCCCUAUCAUCAGUAAUACCCCCUCUGCCCCCUCCAUGCACCAUCAGCCUCUGCACCAUGCCCACAAUCCUAAUCACCAGAACAUGUACCACAAUAUCCAUCCUUUCAUGCCUCCCAAUUUCAAUGGUCCGUCUCCUAGUCACAACGUCGACUUCGGCGAGCACUUCAUUCCAAGCAACGCAUCCCACAGCAACGGAAACCUCCAUUCGGGACAGGAACCGUUUCUUCAGCAGGGUGAGCCGACAUUCGUCAACAUGCCUUUGAACCUCAACGUCGCUGCACCGGCUGCUGGAGCAACCCUGAACCAACCUCAAGAGAUGAUGGACCAGGCAGUUACUUUUCAUCAGGCCCAAAUCUACCCGUUCGGCGGUCAUCUGAUGGGAUUCAACCAGCAAGCUUUGAGCCAGGAAGCUUCGAGUCACCACGAUUCGAGUGACCAAGCUUUGAGCCAGUACGCUCUAUACCAGCAAGCUCUGAGCCAGCAAACUCUGAACCCACAAGCUCUAAACCAGGACCAUCCAGCUGUUAACCACCAGCAAGUGGAGUUACCUGUUAAUGACCCCCCUACUCUCCAUCCCCAAGCAAAUCAUCCGGCCGUCCUAGCCCUCGGAACCAUCACGGUCAACACGACGGACGAAGAUGUCAGAAACAUCGUCAGGGAGGCAGCAGACGUGCUGUACGCCGGACACGGGCAGUGCAAGCGACUUCUGACCGACGGGAAUGGUGUAGAGCGGCGUUGCACCGCACGCGUCUAG